UAAGUGGUUGUCAUGGGUUUUGUUUAUUAUGAUAACAGUUAACAGUCAGCGUUUUAUAAAAACUGUUUUUUCAACACAAAAAAACUGUUCGUGGUAUUUUGAAGUGAGUGUUCGCAGAAAGAGCUUGUUAUUUCGAAGUCGCCUACAAAAAGGAUACAAAACAUGUGUAGCUAUUACAACGACACAGAAGUGACGGAUGAAGAUAUUGAUAAAAUGGAAGAACAUUUUAUGGUUUUCAUAAGAAAACGACUCCGUGUAAAAUAUCUGUUGCUUGCAGAAGCUGAUGAGCUAGAGAAACAUCUCCGAAACGCAAAAAUUGUUAAGUUAACAGGUGCUCCACUCGGCAUAAUUGGAACUGGACUUGGUAUCGCUGGUUUUGUUUCUGGAUUUUUCACUCUUGGUGCAGGAUUUUCCUUGUGUAUUGCAGGAGCGGCCGUUGCGGGCGCUGGUGGUGCACUUGGAGUAGGUGGGAAUGCAACAACAUUUGUUGCUACAAAAUGCAGUGUUUCUGAAGCAAAACGCUUAUUAGAGGAAGACAGGCGCGCAACUGAACGCCUUAAAAGAGAAUUGAAUAAAUGGUCUAACUUAGCAUCUGCUGCUGGAGGAGUGGUAAGCACGUGCGUAAAUGGUUGGAGUAUCUACACCAAUUCUAUCAGGAUGGUGAGCGCGGCAUGCAAUGCGAUGGAUGAUGUAGCUCUCACUGCUUUUCGUUCCUUAUCCAGCACAGCAAGAGUAUUUCAAGCAAUAGGCGUUGCGGUUUCUGUGGUAUUCUUACCCUCUGAUAUAUACACCAUCGUUACACACUCACAAGAUAUUCACAAAAAUAAAAUACCACAGACAGUAACCUAUUUGCGUGAAGUUGCGGAACAGAUAACCAUUCCAGAUGAAAAUGAACUCAAAGAAAAGUUUAGACGUCUGAAGAACCGGUCAUCUUAUUAUUAUCGGGAUUCACUUAUGUGACAAAUCAGUUAGAUAUCUGUUUUAUUUUGCCCACAAAUGUGUCCAUUUCAGUAGUAGAUUACUUUCUCUUUUAAAGGCUUAUAACAGGGGGAGGUGGGUUACUUAAGGAAUGCGGAAGUGGAUUUGAUGGAAAUUACAAACUUAAACUCUUUCUUUAUAAAAACGGUUAACGUUGGAUAAGUUUAUUCUGUUGAAGAAAUGAAGGCAAAAAUUGUCCACAUUACGUUCUUGGCUAACCAAUAUUUGUAAAUGAGAAAACUAUCAUAUUUAGCACUGUAAAAGAUGUUUACAGCUUCUCGUUUCUAACCCAGUUCCGUCGACUAAUUGUAGACAUACGUGAUUUUUAUAACGUCCUGUAAACAAUGUUAUUGUAAACACUUAUGCACCAAUCUAACACCGAUUUUUAAAUUUGAUGAAUAGUUUCAACCCUUCAGCAAAAUGCUGAGACAAUGGCCAUUUUGCAAAUUUUGCAGAACGCAUCAAUUCAAUCAUUCUCUGACAAAAAUUUUCAGGUCCGUAGGUUAGGUAAGCUGCGUUUAUAUUUCGCUGUUCGCACUUUCUAAUACGUCAGCUUUUUACAGAAUAAUCCACGUCAGGUUUCACAAAGGCGUCGAGCUUUAAUGAAAUAUGAUCAUAUGCAGACGUCAGCAAUAAUUAGCAUAAUUUGAGAGUUGCUAUCUAACCAAAUCUCCCAAGGUCCUAAAUUGUAAAGUCGUUGUAAACAUCAAAAAUUGCGUGAACCUAGUAUAAAAGUAGCCUAUAUAAUUAUUUGUGGGAUGGACUUUGAAAUUUGCUCUCUAUUUUUUGGAGUGAAGACGGGAGGGGGAGGUGUUGUAGUGUUUACUUAUGUUUCAAACUUGUUUAAUGGUGUUCGGUUAAUGUAUAUAAAGGCAUUUAAUAAAGUAGGUUCUAAUAAAGAAAACGUGUAUUUGAUUAGCCUUGGAUAGCGAAUCCCAUAGAUUUAGGUAUACGGGACAAAUUAAAUGCUUUUUUUUUCUUUAAAUUUUAUCUUCACCUAUGUGUUUGUAUUAUGGGGCAGAAAUUGAGUUACUUUUCCUAACUUAAAAAAUUUGACAAAAAAAAUUAUUUGACAACUAAAUGUCCGAAACCUUCCUUAUAGACGAUAUUCCAAUAAUUACAAAAUUCCGUAAUGUACGCGCCUAUUCGACGGCAGGCUUUAAAAAUUAUUUUCCUCCUUUCUUAAUUCGAUCAUCUUUGAUUUCUAGGGUCUGUUGUUUAUUUGCUGCUCCUGUAUUUUUGCGCCAUUGUUUUCUGAAUUAAAAUCAAAACAGACGUCAAACAAGAUAAUAUAUAUAAUCUUCCAACGAAUGAAGAGCCGCAAACGCAAUUUGUCAAAAUGGCGUGGUGUGAAGGGCUAAGAGAGGGGGGGUUAAAAACUAGCUUAUAGCUUUGGCUGCGUUAAUCAGCGGCAUAAAAAAACGUUUUCGUAACACCACGAAGCAUACCACAAAAGGAAAAACAUAUGGACAGAGUGGGUGAUAAAAUCAGGUUAAAAUUGUUAGCAGUACUUCUGAAGAUCAAACAGUACUGCAAACCAGAUGCCAUUAUUUAUUCCUAUUCUUUUAAAGUUUUUAUUCAGUUUGGUAUACCAUUUCUUAUAUGCAUUUGGUGUUGUGGCUAUCUAACUAGGUACCUCUAACUAAAAAGUUAAAUUAGCCAAAUACAGUUUGGUUAUCAACAAAAUUCCAAACAGAUUUUAUUACUGUUAUGAAAAUUUGUUGUGCAAAAUAAAAUUGCUAAGUAAUUUUUUUAACUGGACCGGGUAACGACACGCGGUUUCCUAAAUUUUUUUUAACGGAAGUUGCGAUAAAGUUUUUUCGAAAAUGUUAUUACGCCUAUACUCAUGUGUGACACGGUUUAUCUGUGAAGUGCUUAGACGGGUUUUAACAAGGUUGUUUGCUGAGUUUUUAUUUAAACUGGAGUUGCGUUCAAUUGUUUUUGAAAAGGGUAUUACGCCUAUACGCAUGUGCAACAUGGUUUACCUCUGCCAAGCGCUUAGUCCGGUGUCAAAAUUAACUUUCACAGGAACCUUUUCUGCGAAAACAAAGCAGUGUUACAUGAUUGUUUUUGCUUUAACAGGGUAAAAACAGGUUUAAAACUGUGUUUUUACUUUUACAAAAUUUUUUCACAAAAUAAAAUUGCUGACUGAUUGUUUAGCUGCAUAGGGUAACAACGGACUGUUUCCUUUGUUUUUAUUUAAACCGAAGGUAGAUAUUUUUUUUGGAAAAUGGUAUUUAUUACUAUGCGGAUGUGUGACACGCUAUACCUGUAUUAAGCGCUUAGCCCAGUGUUAACGCCAGGCUGUUUGCUGUUUUUCUAUUUAACUGAAGUUGCGAUAAAGUUACACCUAUAUGACAUUGUUUACCUGCACUAAGCACUCAGCUCUGAGUAACAUUCAUUUUUGAACUUUCACCGGAAACAUUUUCCAAAAAAAAUAAUAAAAGGUUGGCCAACUGUUUUUACUAUGACGGGAUAACAACGGGUUGAAAACUUUGUUUUCAUUUCAGCUGAAUGUGGGAAAAAGAUUUUUUUGAAAAAAAACGUUACACUCAAAACACCAUAAUGUUGUGUGCGCUUCACUUGAUUUACGACAUACUGCAUACCUGUACUAGAACGCUCCAAUUGUAGAAUUUUUUUUAGUUGGAUGGGGGUAACUUCUGGCUUUUUUCUGUGUUUUUACUCACACUUGUUGCAAUAAAGGUUUUUUUGAAAAGGGUAUUAUGCGUUCUAGGCCUGCUGUCAUGAUUAGGUUUUGAAUUUUCAAAAUUAAAACAUUUUGCCCAACUGUUUUUGCUAUGAUAGAAUAACAACAGGUUGUAAACAUUGUUUUUUUUCAGUUAAAGUUACGAGAAAGUUUGUGAGCCCUUCUCUCCAUUUACGACAUACUGUAUACCCGUACUAAAGCGCUCCGCCCCACCGUGUCGCACAGUUUGCGGUUCUUAUUAGGCGCUCCUUAGGGCGUUCAACAACAGUUACUUGCGGCUUAACCCGGUGUUUUGACGCCGAGCUUCCCGGCUAGUCUAUAUUAUAAUACCCGUAUACGUUUGUCUAUACUUCACGGAAAAUGGUACCGCAGGAUAAAUUGGACGGGCGAAUUCGUAGACUAUACUACGGGCCACCGACUAGUCUCAUCGGGUUUUCUAUCCAUUUAAUGAAAUUUAGAAAGAACGUACCGGAUGCAGUCCUCCUACUUCAUCUAUUGCAUUCAGCAGUGUGAAUCUUAAUGCCUUCCUUAACAAUGUAAAAUGCGACACAUUAUCAUCUUCAUCUGGUAGUAAGAAAUCCACUUGCUAUGCCCGUAUAUGCCAUUGCAAUAAUUUCACUCAUUAUGACGACACUACGAACAAUCUAUCUGGAACAAACACAAACAGGGGCAUAUGUAGAUGAGCUUUCAACAUAUGGAUGCCUAAAAAAACUUUAAAAAAUGGUGGGAACAGCUAUGCGCAAUCGCAACACUCUUUUUCCCUGAAGAAAGUGCUGGCUAAUUGUAAAUGUUGACCAGGAGGAAAAACCUAACAAAAUCUUUAACUAAAAUAAAUAUUAUUAAAGAUGGCAAGUGACCCCUUAAUGUUAUAAUUGGGUUUGAUGACUACAAGGAGAGCUAUGUGCUAGGAAAGAUCAACGGAUGGUGUGCCGAAUUGAAGAAACUAUUUGAAAUCGUUCAAACAGAGUCUCACACAACAUACAUGCCAUUUUUGAUUUCAUGACGUGACGAGAACUAUACUGGGGAUAUCUUACCAUUUAACCCUAUUAGCAGCGGUGAGGAGAAGGUGCCUGCUGCCCCUUUGACAGGGCAUACCUUUUUUGGGUACGUAAUUGACUGCUGAAAUUUUUGUUAUAUUUCCUAACUUUUAUUAGGGCUUGUAAUAAAAGGAAAGUUUUUUGGAAAAUACAUUUUUCGAACGGGGGUAAUUUUUUGUAAAUUGAGCAAAAUACCGUACUAUCGAAAUGAGAUCAUUUUCGAUCCCAAUGACGUGAUUGAAAUUCAUUUAUUUAUAUGAAAUCACUUUUUUUCAAUCCAGUGGAUAAGUCUACCAAGAAUGUAGGCUGCAUCGUCAGUAUUACUUCAGAAAUUCAAAUACAUUGCAAAAUUAGAAAAUUGACCAUUCUUAGGCAUGUGUGACGUCAUUUCUGAUCCCAAUGAAGUCUUUAAAUUAAAUUUUACCUGGAAUUUGUUUAUUUUUAGACUUUCUAAAAGUAUGCCAAAUUUUAUUGUUAACUAGCCGGGGGACACGCCUUCGAAACACCGGGUUAAGCCACAAGUGACCGCUUGACCCGGUUUUAAACGCUGGGUGGAGCGCUUGAUAAUAGCCGUAAACUGUGCUAUAUAUCCAGGUGAAACACCUUAGUACAGGUAUGCAGUAUGUUGUAAAUAAAGUAAGACGCACACGACAUUAUAGUGUUUUCCGUUGUUACUCUGUGCAGUUAAAAAAAUUACUCCAUAAUUUUAUUUUGCGGAAUAAGCAAUAAAAGAUGUAGCUACCUAACUGCAUUUAGUAUAAGGAUUAUUAAGAUUUUUGUAGUAGCCAAACUGUAUUUGGCUACUUUCACUUUCUAGUGUCAGAGGUACCAAGAACUAGGUAGAUAACCACAAUCCCAAAUGGAAAUAAA